CAAACCAGAUUUGUACUCUGAUAAACACCACCAUUCUUGUAGAGUUGUAGUCUACUCUGAUCUGAUCUUGAUCACUCCAUUAUCAUCUCUUCAGUUCAUUUUCUUGUUUGAGAUUGCAGAGAUGGCUAAGUAUGAUAUCUUCACCGUGAUGUUUUUGAUGAAUGUGGUACUGAGUGGAUGGAUGCAUGGAGCUGUGGAUGGUCUGAGGAUGGAUUACUAUAUCUUGGCAUGCCCCAUAGCUGAUUUGAUCAUUAAGAACACUGUAAAUAGGCACUUGCAGAAAGAUCCUACUCUUGCUGCUUCUCUUGUUAGGAUGCACUUCCAUGACUGCUUCAUCCAGGGAUGCGAUGCAUCAGUAUUGAUUGAUUCAACCAAGGACAACACAGCAGAAAAGGACUCCCCGGCCAAUUUGAGCUUAAGAGGAUACGAAGUUAUAGACGACGCCAAGGAUGAGCUCGAGAGGCAAUGUCCGGGAGUUGUUUCUUGUGCUGAUAUUGUGGCCAUGGCAGCCCGAGAUGCUGUUUUCUUUGCUGGGGGCCCAUAUUAUGAGAUACCCAAAGGCAGAAAAGAUGGAACAAGAUCAAGAAUAGAAGACACCAUCAAUCUACCAUUCCCCACCCUCAACACUUCUGAACUCAUCACCACAUUUGGGCGGCGCGGUUUCACCGCUCAAGAAAUGGUAGUCCUGUCGGGCGCACACACCCUGGGAGUCGCGAGGUGCGCGUCGUUCAAGCACAGGCUGAGCAACUUCGACGACGCGCAUGACGUGGACCCCACGAUCGACAACCAGUUCGCGAAAACGCUGUCGAAAACAUGCGGCGCCGGCGACACAGCGGAGCAACCUUUCGAUUCAACGAGGAACGCAUUUGACAACGAUUAUUUCAGUGCGCUGCAACGGAGGAGUGGCGUGCUUUUCUCGGAUCAGACCCUGUACUCCAGCGCUGCGACACGUGGCAUGGUCAACAACUAUGCCAUGAACCAGGCCAUGUUCUUCCUCCAUUUCCAGCAAGCUAUGGUGAAGAUGGGGAGGCUCGACGUCAAAGAAGGGUCUCAAGGAGAAGUCCGACAGAAUUGUCGUGUGGUCAACUGAUAUCUCUAUUCUUUGUUUUUUAUUUCGAAAAGAUUUAUGUGGUCUCUCGUUUUGUAAAAAACAUUUAUCCCUUCCAUGUGGACCAUGUAUGAUGUAUGUGUGAAAUAAAUAUAAUAAAUAAUAAAAAAAAAAAUAGCGCUAUUCACCUUCUAGUUUUUCA